AUGGAGAAAUACGACAGUCAACAUCUGUCGUCUUUCGGCUACUCUAUGAAAUGCGCUCCGGUUCUAGUCUCCAUCCAUACAGGCAGUAAUCUGACAUAGUGCAGAAACCCUUCACAGCACAAUGUUGAUCGCGUGAACCUGCAGGGAUGCAAGUGGAAUUUUCGGUUUUAGUGUAUUCAGACUGAUGUUAAGGAAAAGUGGACACACAUGUGCAGACUCGUGGAAUUAAGACAGUCUGUCGCAAAAUGAAGACUCCUUUGCGCCAUGGGGUAGCCGUGUUUUUAGUGAUUACUAUGUGUGCGAGCUUGUUCCUCGUUUACAAUACCAGUUUCAACUAUGCGUCCAGAGAAGCUAACGAUACGAAGAAUCGGCAAACCGACCAGACCACCAAACCUCCUCUCAAGGAGCCCAAGCCUUAUGCUGCGCAAGUCUUACAGGGCUACAGUGGCAUAAUAGACCACAAGCCUCUCAAAAUGCACUGCCAGACCUGUGCCCUGGUGACCAGCUCCGGCCACCUGAUUGGUGGGGGCCGCGGCGAGGAGAUCGACCAGGCCGAGUGCGUGAUCCGGAUGAACGACGCCCCCACCACGAGGGGCUACGGCCGAGACGUGGGCCUCCGGACCACCCUGCGCGUCGUCGCCCACUCCAGCAUGCAGCGGGUGCUACGCAAUCGCCACGAGCUGCUCAACGCCAGCCAGGACACGGUGUUCAUCUUCUGGGGCCCCAGCAGCUACAUGAGGCGGGACGGGAAAGGUCUGGUGUACAACAACCUGCGCCUGAUGAACCAGGUGCUGCCCAAGCUCAAGGUCUACAUCAUCUCCUGGCAGAAGAUGCUGCAGUUCGACGAGCUCUUCAAGAGGGAGACGGGCAAGGACAGGAGGAUCUCAAACUCCUGGCUGAGCACAGGUUGGUUCACCAUGACCAUCGCCUUGGAGCUGUGUGACCGGAUCAACGUCUUUGGCAUGGUGGCUCCUGACUUCUGCAGGGAGCCCCAGCGACCCUCAGUCCCCUACCACUACUACGAACCCCGCGGGGCGGACGAGUGCGUCAUGUACAUCUCCCACGAGCGUGGUCGCCGUGGCAGCCACCACCGCUUCAUCACAGAGAAGCGAGUCUUCGCCAACUGGGCGCGAAUAUUCGACAUCCACUUCUACCAGCCGGACUGGAGCCCCCCGCCCCUCCCUGCCAACCGGACGCUGGGCGGCGUGGUCACUGUGAUGCCCGAGAACACGUGACUUGCAGGGAAAGAGGUUGAAGAGAUGGACUGGUCAAAUGGACUGAGGAUGGUGUGGCUCAACACUGAGCACCAUGCUGAUGACCUGCUGCUGGCCUCCUCUGCUUGAUGUGGGCAAUCAUGGUACUCUCUGAUUGGAUGCUAUGGAAGAGGAGGGACAGAGUGAGGCAUGCAUUCCUAUUGGACAUUGCUGUGUGCCACUUUCAGUGCAGUGUUAUACCAUUGUACAUUCCAGUCAGCUACUGCAUGUUUGGGUAUUGUUUAGAGUGGAUUUGGUAGCGUGCGUGCGUGUGUGUCUGUGCGUCCAUUUGUAUGCAUGACUGAGAUAUUUCACAUAAGACCACAUGUCGAAAUAUCCCUUGACUGUAUGACAGUAGGUAAACACUGUAUCAAGGAGUGAACACUCUGAACUGUGCCCACCUGAACACUGGACCUUACUCAACCCAUGAUCACAGGCUGCAUACUGGCCAUACGAUCACAUUCACACACAUUUGAUCUGAUUAAGCUCAGAAUUAAUGGGUUAUUAAUGUCUACCUAUUCCACUAUCAUGUCCCACGUUGGUAUGACUGCACAGAGGCCUGCUCAGGGGUUGGUAGGGUGAGGGGGGGUUGGUGUAGAGCGGCGGUGUGGUGAUCACGCUUCACGGCUGUCAGAAGUCGAGACAUGAAUCUUUUAGCGGGCCCUGUCUGCCCCCGUCAGAGGUGCACGUGUGCGCUCGCGCAUGUCAAACGCGCGGCUCUAUCGCUCACAGAUAUCUGAGUGACAAGUGGGUGUCAUUUACAAUAAUGUUUUCCGUGUGUGUGUGUGUGUGUGCACGCGAGUUGUCUGUGUACGCGCUAUGCUGUGUGUGUGUGUAUCAGCAAGCUUUGUCAGAUCUCUCUCUGGUUUAAUAGGGCAAUUUAUACAGCUACAAGCCAGAUUGUCAUGUAAAUGUUGCGCCGUGUCUCACACGACCAGCUGGAGAUUAAGAUGGAGGGGAAGCUUGUGACAGGCUCAUCCAACUGGACUCGCACCGCUUUGCUUUAGACCAAUCGAAUGUGCAGUCAUUUUGAAGAAAGAUUGAUUUGAUCACAUAUGGAUAUGGGGUAUGUGGAUC